CUGCGCAAACUUCAAAGUAAAUCGGAGGGACUGUUGUCUAGGCAAGUCCCUAAACAUCUAACAAUUUAAAUUCCUACAAUAUCGAAGGUCGUCAGUCUUAUCUUUGUAUAUGAUGAAUCCUAUAACUGGAACGGAAAAUGAUCAAUACAGUUUUAUUAAUCAAGUAUUGGGAGAAAUGAAAACUGAAUUCAAUAAACCAGAUGAACAAAAUGAAAAAAUUAAAAUUAAUAAAGAUCUGAAAGAAUUAAAAACGGAGAAAACAGUUGAAUCCAUUACUGUGGAAAAAAAUGAGAUUUCACCAGGAAGACGUUCGAAUAGACAAAAAAUCGUGUACGAAGAGAAACAAGAUGAAAGUACAAAAAGAUCGUCGAGGAGAAAAAAUAGCAAAAAAUCAGUUUUACAAAAUGCUAUAGCAAGAAAAGUGAAAUCAUACAACGAACCUUGUAGACCACAACGUUUAACACGACAAUUAAAACCGACGAUGAAAGUUCUAGAGAAUAUAGCACAAGCUAAGGAUAUGAAAAAAAUUAAAAUUAAAGUGAUACAUGGUGAUGUGAAUGACGAAAUUUCGAAAAAAAUUAAAAAAACGAAAAAUAGUGAUGAAAUGGUAGCGUUAUCACAGGAUGAAACGAUAAAUAAAACAUCUACAAGUCAGCAAUCAGCUUCUUGUGAUUCUAAAAUUAACAUCACUUGUGAAGAAGAAGAAAUCUCUAAGAUAUUUUCUUCCGAGAUAAGUGAAAAUGCUGAAUUAAAUUCCAGACUUUGUUUAUGUGCACAAAAAACAAACAUAUACCCAUCUAAUGAUAGUGAAGAUGUCGUUUACUGUUCAGCCGUCGAAAGUAUCGACGAAAGGCUGGUAGGUUGUUCAAAAGAAGUAAAUGUACCGAUUUCCCCGUUAUUGCGACCUUCCAGGAGCGUACCCUACAUGAGAUUAUGUAAUUUGCACAAAAAUAGGAUGAUAAGGCACAAUUGUUGUCCGACGUGUGGAAUUUUUUGCACACAAGGCAAUUUCUUGCAGUGCGAGGCUAAACAUCAAUUCCAUAAAAAGUGUCGCUUGUUCAUUGGUAAUAGAGAGUAUUGUCCGCAUUGUGGAAUAUCGACUCCUUGUAAAGAUAUUUCACUUAAAUUUCAAUGUUCGAAUCAUCCCGUAUUCCUACCUUAUCAAAAGUCUGUACGCCGAACCGCUAAAAUAUCAUUUUCGAAAAUCAAAGAUCAAAUUCGUUGUUCCACUCCACUUCUGAUUUCUCUAGAAUCCGUCCAACCCUUUGAAAAUACUCUUACCAAUGGAACAAUAUACAGCGAAGGGGACGUUAUCGGAGCUAUCGCCGAUGAUGACGUAGAGACACUUACUUCCAUUAUAACUUCAAGUUCGUUGGAUUUAAAUAUGAAAUUAACCGAAUUCAACGAAGGAUCUUUGUUGCAUUACGCAGCUUAUAAAGGAUAUCUUGAAAUAUGUCAUUUAUUAAUAUCCCUCGGGGUUCCUAUAAAUGACUUAGAUAAAGAACAAAAUACGCCUUUAAUGUUGGCAAUCACUACGCACAAAAUUGACGUCGUACAAUAUUUGGUUAGAGCCGGAUCUGACAUAACCUUAAAGGGUACAGAUGGUAUGACUGCUUUGCACGUAUCAUCUAAAUGUGGUAAUUUGCAAGCUUGUAAAAUCCUUCUAGAAACCGGGGCUUCCAUUAAAAAUUACAUAAAUUCACAAGACGACGGUGGGUGGACACCGCUCGUUUGGGCUUGCGAAAAUGGUUUUUCUGAAAUAACAGAUUUUUUAAUAAGCGAAGGAGCGGAUCCAAAGUUAAGAGACGUUGAAUAUAACGAAGCUCUUCAUUGGGCCGCAUUCAGUGGGUGCUCUCAUAUAGUGGAGUUAUUACUAAAUAGGGGAUGUGAUGUUAAUACCCUCAACGCGCAUGGAGAAUCUCCCUUACAUAUAGCUGCGAGGGAAGACAGAUACAAUUGCGUGGUUGUAUUAAUAGCACGUGGAGCUGACGUGUUUUCGAUUAAUAAAAAUAAUGAAUCGCCAUUGAAUUGCGUACCCGAUGAUGGGACAUGUUACGGUCCGAUUGCUUUGAACAUUCAAUUGCAAUCAUUGGUCAAAAGGAGUUUGGGGCAAUAUCGAACCAUCGUAUCUGAUGACAUAUCGAAAGGUAGGGAAUCAAAUCCUGUACAAUGCGUGAACACCGUCGACGAUAAUCAAGUACCAAGGGAUUAUGUUUAUAUAACAAAAUCGAUAAUUUCAUCCGAAGGUGUCGAUUUGCAAACCAAACCGUCAACUUUGCAACGUUGUAAAUGCAAAGAGAGGUGUACGGAAGAAGACUGUUUUUGUAAUAAUCUAUCGGAAAAAUGUUGGUACGACGAAAACGGAAAAGUGUGUAUAGAUCAAAGUUUUUCCGAUAUACCUGUGAUUUUUGAGUGUUCGGAUACCUGUUCUUGUAACGCUAUAACUUGCCGUAACAGAGUCGUGCAAAAAGGCGCCCAACAGAGAUUCCAACUUUAUAAGACUGAUUCAAAAGGCUGGGGCAUAAGGACCCUCAAAUUUAUAUAUAAAGGCGAUUUCGCGUGCGAAUACGUAGGAGAGAUAUUGACUGAUACAGACGCUGAUGGUAGAAACGAUGAUAGUUUCUUAUUCGAUUUGGGAAACAAGGACACGGAUAAUUUUUGCGUCGAUGCCAGAUUCUACGGUAACUUGACUAGAUUCAUAAAUCACAGUUGUAGCCCUAAUCUGCGUCCCAUCAAAGUGUUCGUGGAUCACCAGGAUGUACGGUUCCCUAGGAUAGCUUUUUUCGCUUUAAGGGAUAUACCCAUCGGAGAGGAACUGAGUUUUGAUUACGGAAAGAAGUUCUGGUUAGCUAAAUACAAAUCGUUCACUUGCAAGUGUGCAUAUCCCGAAUGCAAGUAUUCGGAUGGAGCUGAUUUGAUGGAUGACAAUAGUUCGUGUUGUUGAUGGUAUUCCGGGGGGUGUUUUUGAUAGAAGAAAAGUUCGGUUUAAAUAUAUCCAAAGUGUGUAUGGUGGAAUUUCGAUACGGAAAAUGUGUUCCUUAGUUGUUUAAGGUUAUAAUUUAUUUAUUUAUUUUUGUAGAGUAAUAGAUUUAGUUGUGACUGAAAAAUUACAAAAAGGGUAAAUCA